CUUCUCUGAACCUUAGAACCAAAAGGCGUACAGCAAGCCAUAGACAUAGGAUCCAUAAGCUUGGUAAUCUAAAAUGGCGAAAGAAGCGCAUGAGAUCGAAUGGUCCAGAGCUCAAGAAAUUGUUCUAAGUGUGGACCUUGUGAAAGCCGCCAAGCAGCAACUCCGAUUUCUCGCUGUCGUGGACAGUAUCCAUUGCCUCCAUGAUGGUCCUGCUCUACAUCAUGCCAUAUAUAGGUAUGAGCAUUGUUGGCUCCCACUGCUUGCGAAACAUAUGGAGUCCCCAGUCAACACAGAGCCGCUGGUCGUGCCUCUGGACUGUGAAUGGAUAUGGCACUGCCAUCGGCUUAAUCCUGUGCAAUAUAAGAUCGAUUGUGAGGAGAUUUAUGGGCGAAUACUCGACAACAAAAAUGUCUUGUCGACCACAGAAGGAACUUGUACAGGAGAGACUCAGAAGCUCUGGAAUCAUAUGUAUCCCACAGAGCCAUAUCAUUUUGAACAAAAUUGUCACCCUUUAAGGACCGCCAACUCCCCUAAUAUGUGGCCUCACACAAGCAUUAAGUAUGAUCUAGUUGCAGCAGUCAAGCGGCAAAGUCCAUUUUUCCGUAAGGUGUCAAAAUCGGUGUUCAAUAAUGAUCACUAUCUUGGGGAAGGUGUCGCUAGAUACAAGGCGUUUUUGCAUCUUGUUAAGAGAAAUGAAGAGAGAUCUGUUCCUACUUAUGAUAUCGACCUUAUGUGGCAUUCUCACCAGUUGAAUCCGCUUUCGUACUGUGAAGAUCUUACUGCAAUUUUUGGAGGAAUACUUGACCACAAUGACCACAUUUCUGACAAUCCCGUGAAUAAUAAGCACAAGAUUGGAUUGGCACAAACAACUAAGCUCUGGGAAGAUACCUACGGUCAGAAGUACUUGAUAGCGGGAGCAUUGUUAAAAGAUGAUGAUCUUGCAGCAAGGUGCUCGUGCUACUGCAUUAUUGGCAUCAAAAGAUGUGACUCAGAAUGUUCACAAGCAGUCACUCUAUGUGCUAAGUGAUUCAACUGUGGGGUUCACAAUAUAUGGCUUUGAAUAUGUAGGUGGGUUGCAUAUUUGGAUAAACAAAUAUGCAUAUGGUAUAUCUGCUAUAUAAUGCAUAAGUUUGGUCAAUUAUUGGCUUAAACUAUAUCAAAUUAGAUAAUUAAAUGAGAAUGUUACUCUAUUUUCAGUGCA